AAACAGCCUUCAGGUUACUCUUUCUGCCUUACAUUAUUGGCAGACCACAAGUUUAAAUCUUUAUCCAUCUAUUUAUCUCCCAAGAAUAAAAAUUAAAGAUGGGGCAGGCCAUGAACAAAUUAACAUCUAGAAAGAGUGAUGAACACAAAGAUAAAAAUGGGCUAAUUAAACUUAUUGAGGAUGAAAUAAAUGAAUAUUUUAAGAAUAAUGUGACAAUCAAUAGUGAUACUCACUUUUGCCACAUCGUCUACGAGAUUAUUGAGAAAAUUAGCAAAAAAAGUCGGGCAAUGCUAUUAGAAUUACCAGAGAGAGAGAAACUUAGUGAAGCAUAUAGGAGAUUCCAUACGAGUGGAGACUUCUUAACAAAGAAGGAGUUUAGGGAUAUAAUAACAGAGGUGAUUAAGAUGGAUAGUCUGCAUGUGGGGCAAUCUGCCAAGGACAUCUUCUUAGGCAUAUUUUGUGCACCGAUGAUCGCACUUCUUGCUAAAAGAGUACUUCCGGGCCCCACCGCAUAUAUUUCUGAUGAAGUCUUCAUUCCUGCCGCAACAUCCUGCAGUGUGCUUUUCCUUGCUAAGACCAACAGGCUAUAGAUGGAUUAAAUUUAAGUACAAGCGGAAAUAUGUGUAAUUUGAUUGUUAAUUCAAUAAAAGUGGAUGUUCAUUUA